AUGGGAAAAGUCGUUUCUCCGGGACUGAAUGCAUCAGUAAAUUUCGCCACACUCCUCUCUGGAUGCGCAUUCCUUGGCCUGGUUGUUUCCAUGCCUCUACUUUUCACCAUUAUGAACAGUAUCGAAGAGGAACUGAUGGAGACUCGAGGAGUUUACAACGAAAUGGCUGAUACUAUGUGGAAGGAGCUAAUGAAUGAGGAAGAGGAGCUUCGGAGGUUCCCUCGACAAGUUUACAAAGAAGGAAAGGCUGGAACUGGUGGUGGCUCUACAGGAAGUGGUGGUGGCUCUACAGGAAGUGGCGGUGGCUCUACAGGAACUGGUGGUGGCUCUACAGGAAGUGGUGGUGGCUCUACAGGAAGUGGUGGUGACUCUACAGGAAGUGGCGCAGGCUCUACAGGGAUUGGUGAAAGUGCUGGAGUAUUAGGAACAAGCAAAGUAGGAACGACAGGUGCAGGAAAUGGGGGUGGAAAAGGAAGAGGCGGUGGAGGAUCUAGUUGCCCCGCAGGUCCCAAAGGUUCUCCAGGACCGGCUGGAAUACCAGGAAAUGAUGGUUUCCCGGGAGUCCCUGGAAAGGAUGGCGGUGGUGCACAAUCGUCAAAUGCAGCUGGAGAUCAGGGUUGCCCCGUUUGUCCUCCUGGUCCUCCUGGUUUGCCAGGAUACAAAGGAACGCGUGGUCCUCGAGGACCUAAGGGAGAAAAAGGUGCACCCGGAAGUCCAGGAAACGAUGGCGCUACUGGCGAUGAAGGAACUGACGGCUCACCAGGUCUUCCUGGAGAAAUGGGAGCAGCGGGAGAAAGAGGAGCACCUGGAGCGGAUGCUGUGGGAUCUGGAAAAGGAAGUCCAGGACCAGCAGGAGAAAUGGGACCCGCUGGUCCAGAAGGAGAUGAGGGGCUUCCAGGAGAGCGAGGCGAUGAUGCUAUGCCAGGUCCACAAGGACCACCUGGUGCAAUGGGAGCUCCUGGUGAGGCAGGUCAGGAUGGCUACCCUGGCCUUCCCGGACAGCCUGGUGGAAGCGGUGCCGAUGCCGAGUACUGCCCAUGUCCCGACAGAGCUAAGAAAAAUGGAGAACAGUACAAAACUGAUGUCAGCAGCGGAAGCAACGGUGGCAGUGACUCAGGAGCUGAAAGUCCAGCAUCACCAGUAGGAGAUGGAGCUGCUGGAGCUUCUGAAGGCACUAGUGGAGGCUCGAGUGAGAAUGGUGGAGCCAGUGGAGCAGCGGAAGCUACUGCUGGCUCAUCCGGUGCUACAGCCGAAGCUGCAGCAGGAGAUGCAGGAAAAAGCAAUGAAGGUAGUGGAGGAGCGGGUGGAUCGGAAGGUGCGAGUGGUGGCGCAAGUUCGGCCGCUGAUGUUGGAGGAUCUGGUAGCGCAGGAGGAAAAGCAUCAGGAGAAUAUCCCAUCAAAAAGGCUCUUGUCGUUAAUAAGAAAGCGUUCGCUCGUGCACUCCGAAGAAAACUCGUUCUCAAAGCAUAA